AUGGCGACACAGAAGAAUACCAAAUUUGAUGAAGUCUGGGAAAAAUUAUCGACUGGUAUUCAUAAUGUAUAUGAUCAUCAAGCCAUGCAAUCACCAGCAUGGAUGGAAUUAUACACCCACGUUUACAAUUACUGCACAUCAACUGCAAGCUCGCCUGCAUCCUCUACAAUACCACAUAAAGCACAAAAGCCUUCUCGCACUGCUGAACAAUCUAAACAUACUGGUGCUGCACAUCGACCACCAAAUAAUACUGAGGGUGCUAACAUUGUUGGAGGAGAAUUGUAUUCAAAAUUAAACCAGUUUCUUAAUAGUUAUUUAGAAGAUUUGAGACAACAUGGAGUUGAUUUACAAGGGGAAGCUGCACUCAGUUUCUACACCGAUCAUUGGGAAAAGUAUCAAUUUUCAAGUCGUGUACUCCAUGGUUUUUGUUCGUAUCUAAACCGUCAUUGGGUUCGACGUGAAUAUGAAGCUGGUCGAAAAAAUAUCUACGAAAUAUUUACAUUAUCUAUGACAAUUUGGCACGAAGUUUAUUUUAAACCAUUGAAUAAUCAAGUGACAAGCGCGUGUUUAAAAUUGAUACAAAAUGAGCGAAAUAACGAAGUUAUUAAUAGUCGAUUGAUUGCGGGAGUCAUACAAAGUUAUGUUGCACUUGGUUUCAGUGACGAUGCAGCGUCAACAUCCAACACACGAAUGACAACACCGACGUUAAAUGUGUAUAAAGAAUAUUUUGAAAAUCAGUUUUUAAUUGAUACAGAACACUAUUAUAAACUUGAAGCAGCUAAUUUUCUUAUGAGUAACUCAGUUACGGAUUAUUUGAAGAAGGUUGAAGCUCGUUUAAAUGAAGAAGUUCAUCGUGUAUCAUCCUAUUUGAAUCCAUCAACGUUGAAUCCAUUGAUUAAAAAAUGUGAAGAUGUACUUAUUCGUGAUCAGUUAGAGACAAUUUAUGCGGAAUGUAAAGCAUUAUUGAAUGAUGAAAAAAAUUCAGAUUUGGCGAGAUUAUUUAAAUUAGUAAGUCGUGUACCAAAUGCCAAUAAUGAAUUAAAAAAAAUUGUUGAAGAACAUAUCUAUACAAAAGGAAUGGAAGCUAUUCAAGCUGUUAGUGCUCAAGCAGUUAAUGACCCAAAAAUAUAUGUACAAACAAUUCUUGAUAUUCACAAAAAGUUUAUGUCACUUGUACAAGAAGCAUUUGGUGGUGAACAAGGAUUUACAGCUGCAUUGGACAAAGCUUGUGGAAAAUUUAUUAAUAAUAAUGCCGUUACAGUUAGUGCUGGUGGAACACAAAAGUCGCCCGAAUUGUUAGCUCGUUAUUGUGAUUCAUUAUUGAGAAAAGGAACAAAAACUGCUGAUGAAACCGAUCUUGAGGAAAUAUUGAAUCAAAUAAUGGUUGUAUUUAAUUAUAUCGAAGAUAAAGAUGUUUAUCAAAAAUUUUAUGGGAAAAUGCUUGCAAAACGUUUGGUGGGGCAAUUAUCUGCAUCAGAUGAUUCUGAAGAAUCAAUGAUAUCAAAAUUAAAACAAGCGUGUGGUUAUGAAUAUACAUCGAAAUUACAACGAAUGUUUCAAGAUAUUGGUGUUAGUAAAAAUUUGAUUGAUCAACAUCGAACGUGGUGUGAAGGCAAAAGAAUUAGAGAAACACUUGAUUUUUCCAUCAUGGUACUUAGUUCAAAUUCCUGGCCAUUUUCUGCACCACCAGCAUUCAAUUUACCAACAGAACUGAAACCAACUUUUGAUAGUUUUACUGAAUUUUAUGCAGCACAACAUAGCGGUCGAAAAUUGACAUGGUUACAUCAACAUUCAAAAGGCGAACUCCAAACAUCAUAUUUAAAACAAAAAUUCACAUUACAAGUAUCGACAUAUCAAAUGGUUAUUUUAUUGUUAUUUAAUAAAUCGUUGGAGUAUACAGUUGAAAAAAUUCAAGACAAAACACAAAUCAAAGUUGAUACAUUAUAUCCAGUUCUAUGGUUACUGUUGAAAUUAAAAGUAUUGGAAUGUCCAAGUAUCAGUGGAGAUGAAUUAGAAGAAGAAUUGAAAGACAGUGACAUCAAAAAAGAACAUAUCAUUAAAUUAUCAAAUGAUUAUAAAAAUAAAAAAAUUCGAGUUAAUUUAAAUAUGCCAUUGAAAUCUGAAGUUAAACAAGAUUUGGAAGGUGUACAUCGAACAAUUGAUGAAGAUCGAAAAAUGGUUAUACAAGCAGCUAUUGUUCGAACAAUGAAAGCAAGACAAACGUACAAACAUACACAACUUAUUGCAGAAGUUCUUUCGCAAUUAGCAUCUCGAUUUAAACCAAAAGUGCCAGUCAUCAAAAAAUGCAUUGAUAUGUUGAUUGAAAAAGAAUAUCUGGAACGUUUACCAAAUGAAAAAGAUACCUAUCGUUAUUUAGCGUAA